GAAGAAAUCAUUGACAGUUUCAGUGUUCAAAUUUAAAAGACUAAAUAACCGAACAAUUAAUGUAUGCCAUCUGAAGGGGAAAAAAAGGAAAUUACCUGCAUUAUUUAUUAAAAUGUAUUCGCAACAACGUUUGUUUCUAAUUGUGUUAGUUUUAUUAAUAUUGGCAAUCCACAUCCAUGGCGCUCCAAAACAAAUACAUGUCGGAGCAAUCUUUCAUAAAGGCGAUGAAGAUCAGUUUUCCGCGUUUCUACAAGCAGUCUCUGAGUCAAAAUAUGAAAACAUUGCACCCGCUUUCGAACUUAUUUCUCUCCCCGAGUAUAUCGAUGACGAUACCGACAGUUUUCAGACCGCCAAAAUUGCUUGUAAACUUCUUGAACAAGGAGUUGUAGCUAUUUUCGGACCUGCAAGUCCACGUACCCGUGAUAUAGUUGCGAGUAUUGCUGCGCGAUUUCGUGUACCACAUAUCGAAUAUGCCUGGCGAGAAAACAAGAAAGAGGAGGAGGAAGAAUCUAGGAGGCCACUAUCGAUGACCAUAAAUGUAUUUCCUGAUAGCGAUAUGAUCAGCCAGGCGAUUGCCGAUGUCAUCGAUUCGAUGAAUUGGCGAACCUUUGCAGCUAUUUACGAAGAUGAGGAAGGAUUGUCGCGUCUUCAGAAAACUUUGACACUAAAAGGAAACAUGGAUAAUCCAAUCACACAUACGGUACGACAGCUGAACGAAGGAUCAGAUUAUCGCACGAUGCUCAAAGAAAUACGCUCUUUGUCAAUCUUCAAUAUAAUUAUUGAUGUACGACCAGAGAAAAUCACAGAAGUUCUCUCUCAAGCGAAGGAAGUCAAAUUGUUAGCAGACUAUUCCCAUUUUGUUAUUACGUAUCUAGAUUCAGAGAAGCUACCUAUCCUCGAAAUACGAAAUGGAACUGUUAAUAUUACCGGACUCAGUAUAAGAGAGAAUGAUAACAUAGAAGGAAUUAAUUGGCUAGAAUCAGCGCUUCUCUACGAUGCUGUAUUUUUGCUAAGUAACGCAUUAGAAGUCCUAAAUGCAAGAAACAUUGAUAACGGGGAAUCAUCUUUAAUCAUUGAGCCUACACCAUUAUUCUGUAAUAGUACUAAAAAAUAUCAAGCAGGACCUAAUAUUACCGGCAUUAUGCAAGAGUUAUCGAAAAUGGGGAAGAUAACGGGUCUUAUGGACAUUGAUGAAGACGGUCAUCGCAAAGAUUUUAAUAUAAAAGUCCUGGACUUUCGACAAUCGGGUGUCGUACAAACUGGACUUUGGAACUCUAACGGUUUGACUUUCACAAUGACUGAGCAAGAGCAAGAAAGCUAUUUGUACAAAUCUAUCAAAGACAAGCUAUUCAAGAUUACCACAAGAAUAGUCAACAAUAUUCUUACAUUCAAUAUGUCUUGAAUCAAAUUAGGUAUCAGUAUCUUGUUUAGCAAGGCUGAAGAUAAAGUGCCAGAUUUGUUCAGUUUUUUGAACCCAUUGUCGAUUGAUGUAUGGCUUUACAUGGCUACAGCCUACUUGUUGGUAUCAAUAAUGUUAUUUCUUCAGGCAAGAAUGGCACCAGGUGAGUGGGAUAAUCCACAUCCAUGCAAUGCAGAUCCUGAAGAACUUGAAAACAAUUUUAAUAUUAAGAACUCGUUUUGGCUCACAAUCGGUUCUCUUAUGCAACAAGGAUCGGAUAUAUUGCCCAAAGCACCAUCUAUAAGAAUGUUAGCCAGCAUGUGGUGGUUUUUCACACUGAUCAUGAUCAGCUCGUACACAGCUAAUCUUGCGGCUUUCCUAACGGUAGAUAAGAUGGAUACGCCUAUUAAAGGUGUUGAAGAUCUUGCUAAACAGACGAAAAUUCAAUAUGGUGCAGUUAAAGGUGGCUCAACGAUGGCAUUUUUCAGAGAUUCAAAUUAUUCGACAUACAAACGCAUGUAUGCUGCGAUGACGGAGUGGAGACCAAGCGUGUUCACGGAAAAUAAUGAUAAAGGUGUCGAACGAGUUAUCAGUGGAAAACGACAAUACGCUUUUCUUAUGGAAUCCACCACGAUCGAAUAUAAAAUGGAACGAAAUUGCGAACUCGAGAAGAUAGGCGGUCUUAUAGAUAACAAGGGAUAUGGGAUCGCCAUGCCACGCAAUUCUCAGUAUAGAACACCGAUCAAUGGCGCGAUAUUGACACUGUUAGAAAAAGGUACAUUGGCACGAUUAAAAGAAAAGUGGUGGAAAAAACAAGGGGGAGGGCUAUGCGAAAAGUAUGAAGAGGAUAAGAGCGCUAGCACGAGCGAAUUAGGAUUUGCAAACGUUGGUGGCGUCUUUUUAGUUUUAAUGUGCGGUUGCGCAUUCUCAGUUAUUGUUGCAAUUAUUGAAUUUUUAUGGAAUAUCCGGAAAGUCGCUGUAAGAGAAAAGAUCACGCCGUGGGAAGCGUUAGUUGCCGAGUUGAAAUUCGCCGUAAACAUUUUUGAAACAACAAAACCCGUUAAAAUUUCCAAGAGCAGAAGCAGCAGUGCAAAUUCCAUGGAAGGCGGGCUUGGCAGAGCUGCAUCCACCGCUCGAUCAAUCGUUGGAUCUUUCCUACGUCUUGAUAUGCUCGAUAAAUUUGAUAAAGAUCACAAUACGAACAAUCGUAGCAACGAUCGAAAAAUAAAUUAAUCAUAGCCACGAGAAUAAAAUUAAACUACGGAUUUCUGAGUAAUAAUUU